GGCCAAGCCGCGGACGACGAAGAAGGGCGGCAAGCGGAAGCGGACGGCCGCGUCGAAGUAGAGACCCUCGUAGCAGCCCUCAACUUCGGGGAAUCCCUUAAGGAUCUAUCGCGCUUCGAAGAAGCCAAGGCGCUGCUGCGCCGAACGAUUCCUGUGGCGCGACGCGUUCUACGAGAGGGUGAUGAAGUCACGCUCGAACUGAGGUGCUGUCACGCGGAGGCGCUCUACAAGGACGGCGACGCCACGCUUGACGAUCUCCGCGGAAGCUUGACGACGCUCGAGGAGAUAGAACGGACCGCGCGGCGCGUGCUUGGUGGGGCACACCCGACCACAACGGAGAUUAAGGAGGCAUUGCAAGGCGCGCGAGCCGCGCUCCACGCCCGCGAGACGCCGCAGUCGUCGUUGCAGCGCUGA